AUGUCAUCCAUGAACUCAUCCAGUUCGAAUGAAAUCGAACUUGACACCAUACACGAAAACAACAACCUGUCAACCCUAGCCAAUGCCGUACCUGAGGAGGAGCACCCAUCCUUUAAAAACCUCUUUGGUUUCACAACAUGGCGGCACUGCGGCCCCCUGGCAGUUGGAUUGAUCGCAUCCCUGUUUGCCGGCGCCCUCAAGACCUCAUUGGCCAUCAUACUUGGCGAGAUCUUUGCCGUCAUUGCCAGAUUCGGGCAAGGGCACCUGGAAGCCCCCGAGACUCUAUCCCAAGUCUCAAGAUGGUGUGUGAUACUUACGGCUGCAGGAGUUGCUAGCUGGCUGGCAAACUUUAUCUUUGCUUUUUCGUGGACGGCCCAUGGCGAGCUGCAAGCCAGGCAUGUUCGACGUAGACUCUUCCGUGGUCUGCUGAAGAAGGACAUGGAAUGGUUCGACCGUCAGUCCGAUGGCGUUGCGAGUCUACUUGUACGACAUCAGACACAGACACGAGAGUUCCAAGCAGCAUGCUCACUCGGUCUUGGUCAGCUGUCCGUAGACGUCGCAACCGCGCUCGCCAACAUUUUUGUCGCGCUUUACUACUCGUGGAUUCUCACGUUAGUGCUCCUAGGAACUGCGCCCGUGUCGGUCGUGCUACUUGGUAUGAUGAGCCGUAAAGUGAAGCCGGCCAUCCAAGCACAGAAGCAGGAACUGUCUGCAGCAUCCAAGCAUGCGACGUCAGCCAUCUCAGCCAGCGACCUGGUUAAAGUGUUCAACGGAGUCGAUUACGAAACAUGGCAGUACUUCGCUGCGAUACGUCGCUCUAUGCAAUGCUACCUGACUCAGGCCAAAGCCAAUGCAUGUCAGAUGGGCUACGUCAAGUUCUGGCUCGAGUGCAUGUUUGUCAUUGGCUUUUACUACGGGGCUGUCCUAGUUAAUUCGGGGAUGAGCCCUAGAGACGUCAUGACGACUUUCUAUGCAGCACUUACUGCUCUUCAAGCCGUCGAAUCCUUUCUUCCCAUGUAUCUGAUGUUGAUCAAGGGCAUGUCGGCUGGCCAGGCUCUUCGUUUGGUUGCGGACGAUAUUAAGCAUGAUCAUCCAGCCCGUAAGAUGGUUGGCAGUUUGAAGCCGAACGUUUGUCACGGCGAUAUCGAGAUCAACAACAUCAACUUUGCUUAUCCCACCAAUCCACUCACUCCAGUCCUGAAAAAUACCUCGCUGUUCUUCCCGGCUGGAGAACUCUCCUUCGUUGUUGGAAGAAGUGGCUCGGGCAAGAGCACUGUUGGUGACCUGCUUCUCAAGUUUUACGAGCCCACGAAUGGCGACAUCUUGGUCGACGGCUACUCAUUGAAAACUCUUGACGUCGAGUGGCUACGAACCAACAUCACACUAGUCCAACAGUCAAGUGUUAUAUUUCGUGAUACAUUCUUUAUGAAUGUUGCUCUGGGUGCCGCUAAUCCGAAAAACGUAUCAAGGGAGUCUGUAAGCGUCUCUUGUAAAGCGGCUAUGCUACAAUCCACGCUUUCGCGUCUUCCGCAUGGGAUGAGAACUAGACUGGGAGAUGGCCUGUAUGAGCUGAGCUUUGGACAGAAGCAGUGUCUUGCUUUUGCUAGGGCGAUUCUCCGAAAUACACCAGUCUUAGUACUGGAUGAGGUGACGAGUGGUCUGGAUCCCACCACGCGCAGAAUGAUGUUGGAAUCAAUUCGAAAAUUGAGGCGAGGCAAAACGACUAUCAUCAUAACGCACGAUGUUGUCCAGAUUCAAGAUCAAGACUUCGUAUACAUUAUGGAAUGCGGCCGUGUCGUACAAAAGGGGUUUAAAAAAGACAUCCUCAAUCAGAGAAAUAACGCAUUCGUCAAGCUUGUUUCAUCUUCCAGCCCGCAUGGCCCCAUACACAAGCGUUCGAACCAGCCCCCGAAACGUACGCAUAUGUUGGCACAACAGACAUGGGAAGAGCCAGAACCAGAGCCAACUAGUAUUUACUCUAGAUCUAACUCUCUUCGAAAGCGUUGGUCCCGCAAAGAGGCUUCGAGUAUUCAUACUACCCUAGGCAGCGCGCCAAAGGAAAUAUCACCGUCUCGGAGCCCCAGGGGCAGGAACUUCCGUUCACCUCAGAAGAAUUUGGCAGACAAGCCACUCCCAGAACUGCCUUCCGAGAGAGUAAGCAGAAGUAGCGCGCGCGUGCUGCACGAGAUCCGUGGGAAUGCGCAGGAGAAGAAGCCUGAAAACAGUACCGCUCAGCCGGCCCGCACGAACAGGCAAAAUUCGACAUCUCCGAGCAAACAUACCGUAUUUUCCAGAUACUCGACCGGCCAUAAGAAGUUGCGUGACCACUCAGUGCAAGGAGACGCAAAAAAAGCCGCCGUGUCUCUCCGGAAGAUAUAUGGCACCGUCUGGCCCGCGCUCGGCGUCAGCGAGAGAUCUUUACUCCUUGUAGGGCUUCUCCUAUGCCUCGUUGUUGCUGGCAGUGUGCCUGCUUUUUCUAUUGUUUUCGCACACCUCCUAUCUGUUCUCUAUGAUGCUGAAAACCGGCUGGCUAAAGGUCAGAAAUGGGCUCUCUUCCUUCUCGCCAUCGCAGGCGCUGGUGCUCUAGCAACAGUUCUGAGCCACCUCCUCAUGGAAUGGGCCGGCCAAGCCUGGGUGACCGCUCUGCGUGUUCAGGCAUUAUCCAGAAUCCUACGACAACCUAAAUUCUGGUUUGACAAGCCAAAACAUGCUCCUAAUCGGAUUAGUGAGUGCAUGGAUCGCAAUGCGGAGGAAUUGCGGAAUCUGUUGACGCUGGUGUCCCUGGCUAGCGCUCCGCUACUAAUUGCUGCCACAAAGGGUUACAAUAUCAUGGAGUGCAGGUGGGAGAUGAAAUGCAACCGAGCCGCGGAGGGCACUAGCGCAAUAAUGACCGAGACUUUCACCAAUGUCAGCCUAGUUCGUGCUCUAACACAGGAGCGUUGGUUCUACGACAAGCAUGAUAGAUCGGCGUCGUUCACUCUGCGUCUUGGGAUCAAGAAGGCUGCAUGGACAGCACUGCUUUUCGCUAGUUGGCAGAGUAUAUUCUGGUUCAUGAUGGCGCUAAUCUUCUACUACGCCACGGUGUUGCUAGCAAGAGAUCAGGAAAUUACGGUCGAAGCUGUACUCCAAGUUGUCAACUUGCUUGUCUUAGGACUCAGUACUGCGAGUAAUCUCUUGAACUCCGUACCGGGAAUCUCGGCUGCCCAAGCUACAGCUGCGCAAUUGCUAUACUACGCCAAUCUGGCUGUCAAUUCUGAAGACUCUCCUAGUCUACCACCUGGCCGUGGAAAGAGUGCAAGACGCAGUUUCAGUGGUAAAAAGCACCUCAUAUCCCCCUUUCCGAUCCGCAUGGAUGGAUUGUCGUUCUCCUAUCCGUCCACCAACUUAUUACACGCUAUUCGACCACCCAAAGUUCUACACAACGUUAGUCUCGAAAUUCUCCCAGGUACUUCAACCGCUAUCGUUGGCCCCUCAGGCUGCGGCAAAAGCACCAUUGUCUCCCUGCUCUUGGGUCUGCAUACUCCAAACCCCAUCCACCCAGCCCUCAAUAUUAGACCAAGCAGUCACCGACACCCCUUGACCUUCGCCGGUAUACCGACCUCUGCCAUCUCUCUCAGGUCUCUCCAUUCCUUGAUUGGCUAUGUUCCGCAGAUGCCCCACCUCUUUCCUUCCAGCAUCGCAGCGAACAUUGUCUACGGCCUGCCUGAAAACUCCCUACUACGCUCUCAGAAACACAUCGAGAAAGCGGCCAGGGAAGCAGGGAUUCAUGACUUCAUCGCCAGUCUACCAGAAGGUUACCGGACGUGCGUCGGAGAUGGGGGCCAAGGGCUGUCCGGCGGCCAGGCACAACGUGUCUGCAUCGCACGUGCUCUAGUCCGCCGUCCCCGCAUCCUCAUCAUGGACGAACCGACAAGCUCGCUAGACGCGGAAAGUGCCGAGGGGAUCCGGUUGUGUAUCGCGAGACUAAUGAAUAAAGCUCGUGGCAUUAUGACUAUCAGCCCCGCAAAGAGCAGCCAAGUGAGAUUUGGGAAGAACUUGCUCAGGGAAAUUGUGGAGGAGAAGAGGGAAAUGGCAGUUGUGGUAGUUACGCACAGCGAGGAAAUGAUGCGAGUUGCUGACCGGGUUGUGGUUGUAAACCAGGGCCGGGUUGUAGAGACGGGAGCUUAUGACGUGCUGCGGGAGAGAGGGGGAAGAUUUGCUGAACUCAUCGGGGGUGGCUUGCCGGCGGCAGAGCGGAAGUCUGAUAUGCGGGAUCGGAGAGGUCCCCGAAACUCCGUGCGGAGCGAUACAACAGGGUUGAAGGAACCCACCAACAAAAGGGUGGACAUUAGAAAGCCGGAAGUUACAACCCGAGAAGGUUUUGCUAACAGGUCGACGUGGGCGGGAAGGACUGAUGAGGAUUGGAGUUCUGCUGGUCGAAAUAUUCCGACUCCUCUGUGCAGUCCAUCCAAGAUGAGUAUACCUACUACGGGGUCCAGCUUCCGGCGCGAUCAAGUUUGA